AUGAUUAUGAACCUCCGUUAAUACCACACGUAUAAGAGCUAUUUCCAUGCGGAAUAUUUGUAAACAAACGCCGACCUGUUGUAUAUAUUUCGUCACUGUAAAGCAGAAGUAGAACAUUUAGAAAAAUAGUUAUGGAUACAGUAAGAAAAUCCCUCUUCGUUUCUUUACGGAAACUAAAUCAAUUAUCAACUGUUUCCCGUUGUGUUGGAACACAAACAAAACCACACCAGCAGGAAGAUCCGAUAUCUGAUGUUCGUUCGUUCCAAGCUAGAGAUACCAUGGUGUAUAGGACCCGCAAUCCCCAGCCAAAACCGGACCGGGACACGCUGAGCUUCGGCACCGCCUUCACCGAUCACAUGCUGACCGUGGAAUGGGAAGGCAAUUGGUCAACACCUGUCAUAUCUCCGCUAAAGAAUCUCUCCCUCCAUCCGGCGGCUAAAACCCUCCAGUACUGUACACAGGUAUUUGAGGGAAUGAAGGCGUUUCGUGGUUAUGAUGACAAGGUCCGACUUUUCCGGCCAAUGGACAACAUGGACCGGAUGGUCAGAUCCGCAGAAAGAGCUGGACUUCCGACGUUUGACCCCGUGGAGCUGCUUGGUUGUGUGAUGAAGCUGCUGAGCGUGGACAAGUCGUGGGUCCCUAGGGCUACCCCAGAUCUACCCUACUCUGUUUAUCUACGUCCAACCAUGAUUGGAACAGAGCCUGCCUUGGGAAUAGACAAACCCAGUUCCUGCCUGCUUUACGUUAUCGCCGGACCAGCGGGACCUUACUUCAAAUCGGGAAUGAAACCCGUGUCCCUCUUGGCUGACCCAAAAUACGUCAGGGCCUGGCCCGGAGGCUCGGGCAUGCACAAAAUGGGAUCAAACUAUGCCCCGACUAUACAAGUCCAGAAGGCGGCGCUGCAGGCGGGGUGUCAACAGGUGCUAUGGUUGCAUGGAGACGAGGAGGAAAUCACAGAAGCUGGAACAAUGAACCUUUUCCUUUACUGGGUCAACCCCGACGGAGAGAAAGAGUUGGUAACAGCGCCCCUGAAUGGUCUAAUAUUGCCGGGGGUUACUCGUCAAUCUGUCAUGGACAUCGCUAACCAAUGGGAUGAGUUCAAGGUGACAGAGCGAUCGAUUACGAUGAAAGAAUUGUUGGAUGGAAUAAAAGAAAACAGAGUGAUAGAGAUGUUUGGUUCCGGUACAGCAGUGUCCAUCUGUCCGGUCGGCAAGAUUAAGUACAGUGGUCAGUGGUACAACGUAUCCGAUCAACAAGAGCUGGCCACGAGGUUGUUCGGACAUCUCACUGCCAUACAGUACGGAGAGUGUCCGAGCGACUGGACGGUAGAAGUCGAUUGACCGCUAAAAAAGAGUGAUUUGCAUCAUUUUCUAAGGCAGCUACGCCGUAAUGGAACACAUGUUUGAGUGACGUAACUCUAUCAAUUGGGGCAAUAAAUGUUACUUCGAAACACCUCUGGUUAAUUGAUGUAGUUCUACUAAUUUGGGAAAUACAUGCUUCAUCGGAACAACCUCUAGUUGAGUGAC